GGGGGGGGGGGGGGGGGGGUGACGCAGAGUGCAUGCAUAUUUUGGGUGGUGUUUACCUCCACUUGCUGCAGCACCAAAGAGUGCAGCAACACAGACUGUAAAAUGUGGGUGUGAGGUAAAAAAAAAAAAAGGGGGAGUGUGUGUUUGUUUAUUAGCUCUACCUGUCACUGUCCGGUAGGCGGUGUUAAUGUGUGUGUGUGUGUGUGUGUGUGUGUGUGUGUGUGCUUGAUGGGCCGGCGGGGGGGCGGAGCCGCACGGACAUGAGUAAAUGACGUCAGCCCCCAGGUCGCCGAGCAGUGAAACAAACAUGGCGACAGAAUGGAGCGGGCAGCAGGGUUACAUUCUCACUGUCGUUAUCUGCCUGUGGAGCGCGGUCGGGGGGCGCACGGAGGCGGCGGCUGCGGCUGCGGCGGCGGCGGCGGGGUCCGGCGGCAGCGGCGGCGGGAGCCAGCUGCUCGGCAUGCGGCUGGAGAGGAGCGACAAGCCGGCCAGCACCAAUGACGACGGUGUCAUCCAGGUGACAGAGGAGAGCUCCGUUCAGCUCCGGUUUUACGGGGUGCAGCUCCACUCGGGCGCCUGGACGCAGAUCCGCUUCAUGGAGCUCGCGGAGGGGGAGGACGCGGGAGCGGACGCGGCGGAGGAGGAGGAGGAGGCGGCGGCGGCUGCGAGAGGAGGCAGCAGCAGCAGCAGCAGCGGCAUGAUGGAGGGACCGGACAGGACUUGUGUUGACUUCACGAAAGACAUCAGUGUCGGGACCUUCAUGAACGUGAGCAGCAGGGGCACGUCCGGGGUGCUCACCGUGCACGUGAAGCCGCUGCGCAAGAGCGAGCCGCAGAAGGAGUACGCGGUGUGCACGGCGAGCGGCGCGGACGGCAGCAGGUGGGUGCUGCUGGGGGACAGCGAUGGCAGGCUGCUGGUGGUGGAGGAGAAGAAGUCCCUGCUGCCCUUAUGGCUGCAGGGCAUCCUCAUUUCCUGUCUGCUGGUCCUCUCCGGGAUGUUCUCCGGGUUGAACCUGGGCCUGAUGGCGCUGGACCCCAUGGAGCUGCGCAUCGUGCAGAGCUGCGGCACCGACAAGGAGAAGAAUUACGCGCGGAAGAUCGAACCCAUCCGCAGCAAAGGUAACUACCUCCUGUGCUCGCUGCUGCUCGGCAACGUCCUGGUGAACACCACGCUCACCAUCCUGCUCGACGACCUGAUCGGAUCCGGGCUCGGGGCGGUGGUGGCCUCCACCGUGGGGAUCGUCAUCUUCGGGGAGAUCGUCCCCCAAGCGCUGUGCUCGCGCCACGGGCUGGCCGUGGGAGCAAACACCAUCCUGGUCACCAAGUUCUUCAUGUUCCUCACGUUCCCCGUGUCCUUCCCGGUCAGCAAGCUCCUGGACGUCCUGCUGGGUCAGGAGAUCGGGACCGUGUACAACCGGGAGAAGCUGGUGGGGAUGCUGAAGGUGACGGAGCCGUACAACGACCUGGUAAAGGAGGAGCUCAACAUGAUCCAGGGCGCGCUGGAGCUCAGGACCAAGACCGUGGAGGACGUGAUGACCCCCAUAGGGAACUGCUUCAUGAUCCAGGCGGACGCGGUCCUGGACUUCAACACCAUGUCGGAGAUCAUGGAGAGUGGAUACACGCGCAUCCCGGUGUAUGACGACGAGAGGUCCAACAUCGUGGACAUCCUGUACGUGAAGGACCUGGCCUUCGUGGACCCGGACGACUGCACCACCCUGAAGACCAUCACCAAGUUCUACAACCACCCGGUGCACUUUGUGUUUCACGACACCAAGCUGGACGCCAUGCUGGAGGAGUUCAAGAAAGGUAAAUCCCACCUGGCCAUCGUCCAGAAGGUGAACAACGAGGGGGAGGGAGAUCCGUUCUACGAGGUGCUGGGAUUGGUGACCCUGGAGGACGUCAUCGAGGAGAUCAUCAAGUCCGAGAUCCUGGACGAGUCUGACCUCUACACCGACAACAGGAACAGGAAAAAGGUCGACCCGAAUAAAAACAAGCCCGACUUCUCGGCCUUCAAGAACGACGCCGACAGCAAAGUGAAGAUCUCUCCUCAGCUCAUGCUGGCCGCUCAUCGUUUCCUGGCUACAGAGGUGAGUCUGUUCAGCCCGUUCCAGAUCACAGAGAAAGUCCUGCUGAGGGUCCUGAGACACCCCGACGUCAUCCAGGAGCUCAAAUUCAACGAGAACGACAAACGCUCGCCGCUUCACUUCCUGUACCAGAGAGGCAAACCUGUCGACUACUUUGUCCUCAUCCUGCAGGGGAGAGUGGAGGUGGAAGCUGGGAACGAAAACAUGAAGUUUGAAACCGGCCCGUUCUCGUACUACGGAGUCAUGGCUCUGAGCUCACCAACGAUGGAGUUUCGUUCCCCGUCACAUGGGGGCAACCUCAACCGCUCGGCGUCUCUGAGCUGCACUGAGCGCGCUCCGGACAGCGCCUCGGUGGGCGGGAGCAUCAACCAGAUCCCAGGGACACCCUUCCAAUACAUAACAGACUUCUGCGUCCGUGCCCUCACAGACCUGCAGUUUGUCAAGAUCACUCGUGCUCAGUACCAGAACGGUCUCCUGGCCUCCAGGCUCGACAGCUCGCCUCAGACUCCAGACGGCAGUCACACUCGUCUGGACACAUCUGCCUCAUUGCCCCCCAUCACGCCGCCGGGGACCCGCGUUCCACUGCCGCUGGCCACACCUCCUUUUAAGCGCCAGACGUCUAACACUCAACUGCCACCGAGCAACCGCUCGCUGCCCCAAACCACGCCGUCAUCCGGACGCAGACCCAGCCAGUCUCUGCCCCAAGCCACUCCCCCUCCCAUUAACCACACCCCCAUCUCCCAAACCCCUGCGUCCUCCAUGAGCAUAGCCAUCUCCAACCCCCACCCGACUCUGACCUCCUCCAGGUCCCAGCAUUCCUCUGCCGGCUCGGAGAACGGGGCGGGAGAGACCACCACUCUGCUCAGUGAGCAGCAGAACUGUGUGGGCCCGCGCAGACCCAGCCACGGCCAGGCCCACCCCCACCCACAGGUCCACACCAUCAGUCAUACACACACUGAGAGCACCAUCUAACUCGAGUCCCUGUGGGGGGAAACUACCUGUGCACUCAGUUACAAAAAACACACACUAGCACUUCUUCCCGAUUCCUGUUUGCUCGUUGUCUCCUGAACUUUUCUGUAGAAGUCUGAGAAGCAGCACAUCGGUGUAUUUUGUAAACGGAGAUCCUUCCUUUAUCCCUUCCUGCAUGCCCCCCCCCCCCCUCCCUCUCCAACACUAAACAAUAUCAAGAAUAGACUACAAAGAUGGCGGAGGCGCAGGGAACACCUGUGAGCGCGAUUGGACAGGAUGUGUCUAACUUAAAGAAUCAGUUCACCAGGUUUCAAAAUUAUUAAUUUUCUGCCUUCAACCCAGAAAAUAUAAAUCUGUCUUGAAGAAACACUGUCCCAAAUUUUGAAAAUAACGGCACACAAAACUGAAACCAUUUACAAGUUGCUUUUUUUGUAAUUUGUGUGAACUGGCCCUUUAAGUCAUCGCCGGUGAGACAUUGGCAGAAGAACUCACUUCCCCACCUGCUGCGUCCCUUCAGCCCUGCUACACACACUACUUUAAACCAGUAACAGUUGAGCUUUAUUUAUUUCUCUCAAUUUCUGUUUCUAUUUUUCCAAAGAGUGCAACUUCCAUAACCUGACACCGUCGAGGUUUUAACUUCAGUUGUAGUUCGUUAUAGAACAGCAGUUUGUAUGAUUGUGUGGUUGGGAUUUUGGGGGUGGCUUUUAUAGUCGAGGGACGGACAUGCGGGAAUGAAUAUCCCCUUGUCUCUCCUCUGUGCUGAGCUGCUGGUGGGUCUAUUUCACUUCCAGCAAACAGACCAGAUUCACUGUACUGUAAGGAUUUUGUGAUCUGAGGUGAAAGUUGAACAACCAUAACGCUGAUUUUGCACGAUUCUGCCACUUUUAAUACAAAUCCUGGACACAAAAAAUAUUUUCUUUGGAUAUAUCUUAGAAACUUAAAAUUAUUUAUAUCUUACUCUAAUACUAUUUAUUAUAAGUAUAUUUAUAUAUACUCUAAUGGAGCAAUAUGUAAGAUAUUUACUAAAUUAAAUCAUAAAAUGUCCUUACUAUAUGAUCAGACAUUAAGGAAACAUGCUAUGUUGAAGUGCUGGCUUCUCUGACAACAAUGCAGCAGCCAGUAUGUCCUCCUUCUAACUUUAGAUUCUGGUCUGUAUUUGUUUUGACCAGAGAAGGUAGGCGGUUUUAAGGCGACCCCCACACGGCCGUUUUGGAUGCCCCUCGGUUUACCAGGCAAACAUCAAACCAACAGGUGUUGCAGCGAUGGAAGCGGGUCAAGAGAAGUGGUUCAGAUAGAAGUGAUUGUACCCGACCUAAAAAGCCUCUGCAUGUUUCUAAUAAGCUCCACGAGCAGAAACGUGCUCAAACUAGGAUCAAUAUUGGAGAUGCUUUUGAAAAAUGGAGAGAGGUUAGAACACAGAAAGGUUUACAGACCCAUGCAGAGCUGGAUAAACACUGAAGCUUCAGAGUCCACCACAUGGUGACCUGAGUGAGCAUGGACUCUAGAGAGGAGGGGGGGGGGGGGAGACAGCUCUCUAUGAUGUUUUGAAUUUGGACUGCAGUACUCUUUUUAAACACUAGGUGUCAGAGUGACACAUUGCUCCUUUAAAACAAAAAAAAUAUUAACAAACAGAGCUCUGGUUGGCCAGACUCCUGCCAAGACAAAACAAGCUGGCCAAUCAGAGCCCUCUUUGCUGCCACCAGAUUUAGGUGUUUUAAAAUGAAAGAGAUUCAAAAUGUAAAUGUUAAAUAUUUUUAGAAACUAAUAAGUGAAUGAAAUAACAGAAAAGUAUUUUUUCCUUUUAAAAACAAAAGUAUCCCACUGGAAGACA